AAAGAAGACGACAAUUCAAGGGUGACUUGAUUUGUCGAUUUUUUUGUAAAUUUUGUUAAAAAUGUUUCAGUUUCUUUGUUGCAAUAAUAUUUAAAUUUGAUUGUAAUUUGUUUACUUGCACUUCAGUUAAUGAGGAGUUGAGAAGGCUUACUUAUUCGUUAUUGUGUUUGGCGUGGCAAAAGAAAUUUGUCAAGAUGAUAAGAAAAAGGACAGUGUUGGCGGUUGGCGCCUUCGCAGCGACAUGGGCCUUCACAACGGCACAUCCGCCCGUAGCACUGUCAUCAUCUUUGCCAUCACCCACAGAAGAGCGUACAGCGAUCCAACGCAGCUUCUGGCAAGGUUUCCUCGCAUCUCUCUCCGUCGUCAUCGUCUCAGAAUUAGGAGAUAAGACCUUCUUUAUUGCAGCCAUCAUGGCAAUGAAGCAUCCUCGUGUUAUAGUCUUCGCGGGUGCCAUAUCAGCUCUAGUCUUCAUGACCAUACUAUCAGCAGCUUUUGGGUGGAUAGCGACAGUUAUACCCAGAGUGUACACGUACUAUAUAAGUGCUGCAUUGUUUGCUAUAUUUGGACUGAAGAUGUUGAGAGAUGGCUGGAAAAUGGAUCCCAAUGAAGGACAAGAGGAGUUGGAAGAAGUACAGAGCGAGCUAAAAAGAAGAGAGGAUCAGGAAGAAAAAGAAGAGACGCUAGACAUGUUAGAACAAGGUCAAGUUGAGAACCGACGGCGCAAACGCAACGCGAUCAUAAAAGUGUUGCUUCAAGCGGCAACGCUCACAUUUCUCGCCGAGUGGGGGGACCGUUCGCAGCUAGCCACCGUGGUGUUGGCGACGAGAGAGGACGCGGUGGGGGUGGUGGUGGGCGGGUCGCUGGGUCACGCGCUGUGCACCGGCUUGGCUGUGAUUGGUGGACGGAUGGUGGCGCAGAAGAUUUCUGUCAGGACUGUUACGAUAAUCGGUGGUAUAGUGUUCCUGUUUUUCGCUGUAAGUGCACUAUUUAUUGGCCCCGGACUAUAGGCCACUAUGUGACAUAUUGUGUAAGUGACCAUAUGUAUAAUGUACAUUGUUAUAGCUUAGUAAAUGUGUAUUGUAAGGUGCCUCAAAAAAGAAACAAGAGUUGAUGAUGUUCAGAAAUUGACCAAUCAAUUGAGAUUUUUCAACGGACAGACGCUUGUGAUUGGUCAAUUUGAAAUAACUGAUUAUGUGAGACGCUUUUGAAUUUGUAAAAACUGUUGUUAUUGGAUAAAUCAUGUUUUAAUGAGACACAAGACGUUUUGUUAGGUUGGAUGACAGAUUAUAUUAUAUCUCAGAUGAGUGUGAUGUUCUUCUUCUGUGGCGCGCAUGGCACUUUAUUAUGACGUGAAAAGGGACAACGAUAGUUUAUCGCUACAAUCGGAAAAUUUAUCCAUCACUAUCACUACAUAUUAUAAAGUCCCUAUAGCCUAUAGCUAUAGCUAUUUAAUUUGUUUGUAUAUGCGCUAAUCUCGGAAAAUUGUGGAAGGAUUUAGUUCCUGUAUGAAAUGUUGGAAUGAGUGUUUUCUGAGGAAGGUUUUUAUCUAUAAAUGGUACCCGAAGACGGGACUAGGUUUGCUAGUUAUUUAUAAAUAAAAAUUGACAAAAAUGGCUAUCGUGCUUUCGUCGUAUGUGUUACAGUUUGAACUAGAGAUAACUAUCAACCAUAUUUAAAGAGCAGUGGGUGUGUUGAUGAAAGUUGACGUAUGUAUCUUAUGUUCUUUCUCUUUCUUUCAUUUAGGUUAACCUCAAAUAUAGAAAGAAAGGGGAGAUAUGCCUUGUUAACGUUCGUGUAUCAAAACCGCUUUACAUGUGGGUUUUUACCAAAAGAUAAAAUAAAUAUUUAGAAUAUUUUCUUGUUUAUGAUAUAUAUGUAUGUUAUAAAGUGUCCAUGCAGUUAAGUAGCUAGCUUAUGAUAAAUAACACAAGUGGGAUCAGUGACAUCAAUAUGAUAUGGCAUUUUGACUUCGUUCGAUUGGAUUCUUAGAUAGAAGAAUGUUACGAUAUAAUGCAAGAAACCUAAAAUAUGUAUAAUUGUGUUUGCUUUUGCAAGUAAAUAAAUAAAUGCAAAAGAAAAUCUUCUAAAUGUGUAAGGAUCACAAAAUGUUGGGAAUUUCAUUAUGAUUCCUUUUUUAUUUAUCAAUUUGGGAUGCAGACGGCGGUCAAUAGCAAAUCUUUCAUUAAAAAAAAUUUGUUCAAUUUUGGUUGAAACCAUAGAAUUCAGAAUAACACAGUAAACGUGGUAAAUAUUUACUGGUGGUUUGACAGGUCUAGCCGUAAUUACUGCUACACGUUUGAUAACAGGUCUGCAGGUAAGAUUGCGUGCGGUAAAAGCCAAAUUUCUUUUCGUAGUAUAAGGCAUUUUUACUGCCUUAUAUUAUGCCGUUUUUAUUAAAGUAAUUAGUGAAAUAAUUAAGACUAAUUCUAAACAAAACUAAGAACGAACAACACAUUGUUUAUUUGUCUGAAUGAAAUGCACUUCACCGUUGCCACAGAGUGAAUCAGAAUCUAGAAUCGUCACAAAAAAAUUUGAGAUAAAGCCGAUUCAGUUCAAAGAGUUUGAUAAAUAUUUAUUUGCCUAAAGGAUUACUGUUAUCUUGCUGUGUCUGUGUUUAAUAAAAAAAAAAAGAGAUCCAGUGAAUAUAAUUGUUAUUAAAGAAAUGAAUUCGUAUAGUUUUUGCUAGAAAUUUUAGUAGGCUCAGUGUAAAGAAAAACUAUUUAAAGUACGAAAAUAAUCAGUAUUUUCAAGACUUUUGGCUGUCUACCCCGCAAGGCAUAUAGACGAGAUUAUAUGAAUUUAUGUAUGUAUGAAAAUACACAGAAUAUAAAUUAAAAAGAUCAUAUAGGAAUUUGAAACGGUGAAUAAGUUUGUAUAUCAAUCAUUUACACUGAAUCUUAAUGAUUUCGUUCAUUUCUAGAGCGUGAUAGGCUCGUCGACACUAGGGAAAGCCAUUCAGUCUCUAUUUUUAACAAUUUUUAUCUAGUUGACAAAGAGAUCAUGCAACUAAAUAUAAUUCACCGAUUAUAUUUUUAUUUCCUAACACAGUACUUGCUAUUCAAUAAUAGUAAGAUCAUUAGUUUCGAGAACGAAUAAUGAUUUUUUGUAUAGCUUUUUCGUCAAAUCAUUAUUCGCAGCACUUAGAACAAUUAAUUAUUUUUUAUUGUAAAACAUAAGAUUGGUACUUAUCCAUGUGUUUCCGUUAGAUAUAGAAAAAAAUACAGACUAAAGCACUUAGCCG